AUGGAGUUAUCUUACUUCUCCUCCAUGUCCAUUCUUUCUUUUCUCUGUUUAACCCUACUGUUGGGAGGAAAAGCUGGCGCUUCUAUUGCACCAGCUUUAUACCUUUUUGGUGGCUCAUCUUUAGACAGUGGAAACAAUAAUUUCCUACAGACUAAAGCUAAAGCAAAUUACCCUCCAUAUGGAGUUGAUUUUCUAGGCGGAGCAACUGGAAGAUAUACAAAUGGUCCAACCACCGGAGAUUUCAUAGCAACGCAACUCGGAUUACCUUAUCCGCCAGCAUACUUGAGUCUAUCAGAGAUUCAGAGACGAAACAUCAUUACUGGCAUGAACUAUGCGUCAGGUUCUUCUGGAAUUCUCCCCGAAACAGGAACGGCACUGGGAGACAAUUUAUCUCUAGAUGAGCAGAUCAGUUUCUUCCAAAGGACAGUGAAAAAUGAUUUGCCGCAUAUUUUCAGAACCCCAGAAGUUCUUUCGCUUUACUUGUCUAAGUCUAUCUUUAUUAUUACAAGUGGUCCUAAUGACUAUCUCAACAACUAUCUGCAACCGCAGUUCUACAACACAAGCAAAACUAAUCCUCCUCAACAAUUUGCUAACCUCUUAUUAGACACUCUUGGACGACAAUUGACAACGAUAUUCAAUAAUGGAGGAAGAAAAUUUGUAGUUUAUGGUAUUGGUGCUUUGGGAUGCUUACCGGUUGUACUAGCCAACGUUAAUCCGAAGCCAACAACUCCUUGUGCAGAAAAUGUGAAUAAUUUGGUUAAGAUUUUCAACAAUGGACUUGCAGCCAAGCUACAACAGCUUACUUCUAGCUUAGAAGGCUCCACAUUCGUCCUCGCUGAUACUUACACAGACACCUAUGCUCAGUUCCAAGAUCCUGUUAAAUAUGGAUUUUCCGAGGGAAGAACACCGUGCUGUGCAGUAGGAGACUUAGGAAUAUGCCUUCCUGGACAACAACCGUGCACUGACAGAAAUGAUCAUCUAUACUAUGACGGGAUUCAUCCAGUUCAACGAGUAAAUUACCAAUUUGCAAGAAAUUGCUUCAGUGGCUCAACUGUGUGCACCCCGAUUAAUAUUCGACAGUUAGCAUUUAAGCUAUGAUAACAAUGCACUCAGAUAC